AUGAUGUACCAUAAACCAACUGUCCCGCGAUUUAGAAUCGCUGAAAGAAUUUGCACCAAUCGACCGGUUUCAAGGAAUAUUAGUUAUGAACAUGAGAGUAAUUGCAGUUUUAUUAUCUCUGCCAGCAACUCAAGCAUUAAUCGAAGUGGAAAAUCACAUGUAGGAAGUAAAGGACCUUCUCCACAUCCUAGUACACCUAAUCGAUCUGGAAUUCAAUCUCCAAAACCAACAUUGAAUGGAACUAAUUUAAUUUCGCAUAAUUCAUCAGCAACAAGCGUCUACGAAUCGCGAAUCCAAGAAAGCCACUACGACACCGUAAAGCCGCUUAAG